UGCUAAUAAGCAAGUUGCCAAGGCGAGACAGGAACUUCAUUCCUCUCUGUUCAGGAUCCCAGAAAUUAUGCCCCUUCUCUCACCAUGAGCUGGCUCUCGAGUUCCCCGGGAGUUGUGCUAACUGCUUACCACCCGAGCGGGAAGGACCAGGUGGUUGGGGAGAGCUAUGCAAAGGGAGGCGAUGAAGAAGCCACCUCCAGUCGCAGAUAUGGCCAGUACACUCUGAACCCGGGAAGCUCCACUAAAGUUACAGAGAGACCUCCAUUUGAUCGGUCGAGUUCUCAAGACUCGUUGGAUGAAGUGUCAAUGGAGGACUAUUGGACGGAACUAGAAAACAUCAAGAGGUCUAAUGAAAAUCGCCAGGAAGGUCAAGAGGCUGUCGUUGUCAAAGAGCUUGACGAGGGAGAGCUGGAAGAAGAAUGGCUCAAAGAGGCGGGCUUAUCCAAUCUCUUUGGAGAGUCUGCUGAGGACCCGCAGGAAAGCAUGGUGUUUUUAUCCACACUGACCCGGACUCAGGCAGCAGCUGUUCAGAAACGAGUUGAAACGGUCUCACAGACCUUGAGGAAGAAAAACAAACAGCACCACGUUCCUGACGUCAGAGACAUAUUUGCUCAACAGAGAGAGGCGCAAGAAAAAUCUCCAGAUGGCUCAGAAUUGCAGUCAGUCAGAACAAAUGAAAGCAACUGCCAAGGAAAAGACGACCAGGCAUCUAGUGGGGGUGUUGACAACAAGGAGCUGAUCCCAAGGAUGCCUGAGGACAUGCCUGCCUCUGAAACAGACAUCAACCUGGAGGUGUCAUUUGCGGAACAAGCUGUCAAUCAGAAAGAGCUCAGUAAGGAAAGGAUGGAGAAGACCCGAGGCAAGGAUGCCUCUUUGCCCAGUUUCAGAAUGCCAAAAGAUAAAACAGGUACUACAAGGAUUGGAGACUUGGCACCCCAAGACAUGAAGAAAGUCUGCCAGUUAGCUCUGAUCGAGCUUACUGCCCUGUAUGAGGUAUUGGGCAUGGAACUCAAACAACAGAAAGCUGUGAAAGCCAAAACAAAAGACUCUGGUCUUUUUGGUGUUCCAUUAACCGUACUGUUAGAACAAGAUCAAAGGAAAGUGCCAGGAACUCGGACACCCUUGAUCUUUCAAAAACUGAUUUCUCGAAUUGAAGAAGGCGGACUGGAGACCGAGGGCCUCCUACGAAUACCAGGAGCUGCCAUGAGAAUCAAGAAUCUUUGCCAAGAACUAGAAGCAAAGUUUUAUGAAGGGACUUUCAACUGGGAAAGUGUCAAACAGCAUGACGCGGCCAGCUUGCUGAAGCUCUUUCUGAGAGAGCUGCCCCAGCCCUUGCUGAGCAUGGAGUAUCUCAAAGCCUUCCAGGCUGUCCAGAGUCUUCCAAGCAAAAAGGAACAAUUGCAGGCUUUGAACCUCCUUGUCAUCCUUCUACCUGAUGCGAAUAGAGACACGCUGAAGGCCUUGCUUGAAUUUCUCCAAAGAGUCAUAGAUAAUAAAGAGAAGAACAAAAUGACAAUUGUGAAUGUAGCAAUGGUCAUGGCCCCAAAUCUCUUCAUGUGCCAUGCACUGGGUUUGAAGUCCAGUGACCAGCGAGAAUUUGAAAUGGCAGCUGGGACAGCAAAUGUCAUGCACUUAUUGAUUAAGUACCAGAAACUUCUAUGGACAAUUCCGAAGUUUAUUGUAAACCAAGUGAGGAAGCAAAACACUGAAAGCCAAAAAAAGGAAAGAAAAGCCAUGAAGAAACUGCUGAAGAAAAUGGCUUAUGACCGAGAAAAACAUGAAAAGCAAGAUAAAACUACAAAUGACGCUGACGUUCCUCAGGGAGUGAUUCGAGUGCAAGCGCCCCAUCUUUCAAAAGUUUCCAUGGCAAUACAGCUAACUGAAGAACUAAAAGCCAGUGAUGUACUCGCCAGGUUUCUCAGCCAAGAAAGUGGGGUUGCCCAGACACUCAAGAAAGGAGAAGUUUUUCUGUAUGAAAUUGGAGGGAAUAUUGGGGAACGCUGCCUUGACGACGACACGUACAUGAAGGACUUGUACCAACUGAACCCAAACGCUGAGUGGGUCAUAAAAUCCAAGCCAGUGUAGAAGACUAAGCCGAGGACUAGGGUCAUCAUUCUUGUUGGGGUCAAGAGUGUAAAUAAAAGUAGCAGGUUUCUUAAUUCUUCAGCUGUACCCAAUUAUUACAAAGUGAUAUCCUCAAGCCUUAAAAUUAUAGAUGUUCUUGUGUCUGCCAUAAUUGUUAAUUAUUAUUAUUAUAAAACAAAUAUUUUUGGAGUAAGAAAAAGGGGGGCUUAAUUUGCUGUGGGCUGUUUAUACACACUUUAAAAUGUGUUCAGAUGUGACAGCUUUUUUAAAAAAUAUGGCUU